AUGGGCGGUUCUACCCUUUCAAGACCAAGGGAUCCAAACAAGGACUAUGGCGAUAACAGCGGAAUCUUAGUAAUAGGCAUCGACUUUGGCACUACAUACUCAGGCGUCGCAUGGGCCACCGAGGCCGAUUUACCGCGUGACAAUAUCAUUCCGAUCACGUCCUGGCCGGGAGGUGUCCGUGAAGAGGGUAAAACCCCAACCGAGAUCUUGUAUAAAAACGGAGAAGUCACCUGGGGUUUUGAAAUUGGCUAUGAAGUCAAUCCUAUCAAGUGGUUCAAACUUCUCAUUCUGAAGGAUGAGGAUCUAACCCCUGAUCUACGGUCUUCCAAGUUCCUGGAACGUGCUCGCCAAAGUAUACGAGAGAGUAAGAAGACUCUUUUGGAACUUAUUUCAGAUUACCUUCAAAUGCUUUGGAAGCAUGCGAUUGAUACUAUAACGAAGGAACGUGGCUCAGCGGUCGAUGCAUUGCAGUUUCAUGUCGUCCUCACUGUGCCAGCAAUCUGGAAAGACUAUGCGGGAGAGCAGAUGAUGCAUGCCGUCAUGAGAGCAGGGAUCCUGAACUAUCGGACCGCGGGGCAGACUCAACUCAGUUUCGCUCCUGAGCCGCAGGCUGCAGCUCUGGCAACGCUGCAUGACUUAGGGAGGCAAUUGCAGCCCAACGAGAUCUACAUCGUCUGCGAUGCAGGAGGUGGUACAGUUGACUUGAUUACUUACAAGAUUGGUUCAGUUGACCCAUUGCUGUUAGAAGAAGCUGUUCCAGGGACUGGCGGACUUUGUGGUAGGAUAUUCAUUGAUCAAGAAUUUAAAGCCAUUCUUCAGAACCGACUCGGUCGAAAGUGGGAUAGGUUGACCACAGAAGUGGCAAGGGAGCUGCUCCACAAAGAAUGGGAACUUUCUCUUAAACCGCGGUUCAAGCUAACCGGUUCCAAUAAGAAGUACACGGUCCAAAUACCAGCUGAGGCUUUCGGCCACAUGGACAGCUUUACGGAUGUCACAAGGGAACCGUAUAUCAAGAAUGCGCGCAUGCAUCUCAGCGAAUCCCACAUUAAAAAGGCAUUUGCAAAAGUGUUUAAAGAAAUCGAUGAAUUGGUAGAUAAUCAGGUUGGACAGGCAUGGGAUAAAGGUCUCCAACCAAGUCGAUAUUGCAGUCCACCGGAAGCAGGCCCUAUCUGCCGUGGAGCUGUAUAUCAGGGAUUUCUGCCAACCUUCCGUUCUAACAGCACUAUCCCAUCGAGCAUAGCCGUCACGUCCACUAUAUCCAGAGCCAGUUAUGGCCAUGAAUGGAACGAGCCCUUUGUGGAAGGUCUUCACCUGGAGCACGACAAACACUGGAAUCCUCUGCUAGAGUAUCUUGAAGCACAAAACCAGAUGAAAUGGUAUUUAAUAAAGGGUGAGAAUGUACUUACAGAAAAGAGGGUCUUGCACAAGUUCAGCCAGACAUUUACUAAAGACAGGUUUGAUGGUACUAUUAAGCUAAAACUGUGUCGGUGCGAAGCUGACACUCCCCCAACGCGGUGGACAGACAGCGUAGAGCGGUUUGUUACGAUUGAAUGUAAGACAGGCAUGUCGUAUUCUGACUUGGAGGAACAGCAAAACUCUAAGGGUCAAAAGUAUGUAAGGCCUUCAUUCUAUGUCCAAAUGGUUCCUUCUGGUGCAGCUGUUGAGUUUGCGGUUUAUGUGGGCGACAAGAAGGUCGGUUCAUCUAAUGUAAAUAUCCAAUACAGUUAG